ACGACUACCAACCAUUUUUCUCUUCCGACGAAAUUUCUUCUGCUGCUGUGUUAUCGUUUGAACUAAAUUUUACCGAGGAAAAAUCUCUGUUGGAGAGGAAGCGUUUUGAAUUCUACUUUAUCGCAUCAAUUAAAAAGCCUGCAUUAUGUUACCCAUACGGCUAGCUCGUUUUGGUAUUCGCUUGGUAGCUGCCAACUGCAAGCGAAUCAACAUUGGCUCUCUUUCUCAAGUUGCAAGAGAAUUUUCUUCAGAUGAAAGACCACAGUUUCCCGGUUCGCGCUCCCAGUGGACUGAAAAGCUAGAAUUCAUUCGCCCUGACCUCUACGAUGGGAUCCCAGUCUACAGAGUUAUGGAUAGGAAAGGAAAAGUCAUAGACCCUAGUCAGGAUCCUCAAUUGUCUGAAGAAAUGGUCAUCAAAAUGUAUAAAUGCAUGACCCAACUCAACACCAUGGAUAGAAUCUUGUAUGAAUCUCAACGUCAGGGAAGAAUUUCUUUCUACAUGACAAACUACGGGGAAGAAGGUACUCAUAUUGGAAGCGCAGCUGCCUUAGAUCCAAAGGAUCUUAUUUUUGGACAGUACAGAGAAGCUGGAACAUUGAUGUGGAGAGGAUUCACACUUGAUCAGUUCAUGAACCAGUGCUAUGGUAAUGUAGAUGAUGGUGGCAAAGGAAAGCAAAUGCCAGUGCAUUAUGGCUCAAAAGAACUCAAUUUCGUAACGAUUUCUUCGCCGUUGGGUACUCAAAUGCCUCAAGCUGUGGGUGCUGCCUAUGCAUACAAGAGAUCCCAGAAUGGUUUGUGUGUCAUGUGUUACUUUGGUGAGGGAACAUCUAGCGAAGGAGAUGCUCAUGCCGCCCUAAACUUUUCCGCAACAUUAGAUUGCCCAGUCAUUUUCUUUUGUCGUAACAAUGGUUACGCCAUCUCAACUCCUUCCAAAGAGCAGUACCGUGGUGAUGGAAUUGCCGGCCGUGGCCCCGCUUACGGCAUGUUGACCAUUAGGGUUGAUGGUAACGACGUUUUCGCCGUUUAUAAUGCCACGCUGAAGGCACGGCAAGUGGCUAUCAGCGAGAUGCGGCCUGUCCUAAUUGAAGCCAUGACUUAUCGAAUCGGACAUCACAGCACAUCAGACGACAGCACUGCCUACCGUAGCGUUGAUGAAGUUCGUUACUGGGAUGAGCGUGACCAUCCCAUUUCCCGUCUGAGGAAUUAUAUGUUAUCAAAAGGAUGGUGGGGAGAUGCUCAGGAGAAAGAGUGGAAGGAGGAUUGCAAGCGCCAGGUCAUGACGGCCUUCGCCCGUGCAGAAAAGAAACUAAAACCCAACUGGAAAGAAAUCUUUACUGACGUUUACCAUGAAAUGCCAUCCCACAUAAGGGAACAAAUGAAACAGAUGGAAGAGCAUGUACAGAAAUAUGCAGAACAUUAUCCACUAAAGAACUUCACGAAAGAUUAAAGAUAUUCUAGAUGUAAACUUGUGUCGUUGUUCAAAGAUGAUUGAUGUUAUGAAGCAGACGAGAAAAUAUUACCAAUAAUGAUACACA